GUUACGAUGCGGCAAUACCGCUGAGAGCAUUUGCUACUUCAAAGUCGGUAAUGUGCCUACGACGCGUAUAUAAACUGUGCUUGGGCAUGGUCCUGAAAACAGGACAAAAAAUCCCUUGCAGAUCGCCGAGCACAAUGCGCUUUUCACUCUUGGCGACUUGGCUCUUGUACGGCUUGCUGCCCGUCUCCGCACAGGAUACCUCCCUGGGGACUGUGGAAGAAGCUUUCGAAAACGCCAAUAUACCUAACACUCUCCACAUCACGUUCAAACCGUCUGUGCUCCUUGAAGUAACUUUCCCUCAGCCAUCAAGCCCCUCAGUCACCAUCCAUGCCGGGGAACAGCUCCCGAGGAAUGCAACCGUCGGGCCCCCACAAUUCGCUGUGCGCGGGGCCCUUCCGCCCUCACAACGGUUCGUCAUUGCGACUGUGGACCCAGACGCGCCUACACCGCAAGACCCGACCGAAGCGGAAAUCAGGCACUUCCUCGCAGGUAACUUCGUGCGCGGCGCGACCACAGGGCCCGGGCAGAGACUCGUGAACGAGACUGUCCCGUUAUCGGGGUGGCUGCAGCCCACGCCACCUGCUGGCUCUCCCGCGCAUCGCUACGUCUUCCUCCUGUUCGAGCAGCCCGGGGACUUUGACAGCCAGACGUUCGUCACUACGAACACGUCAGUCUCGAACUUCAACAUCAGCGCGUUUGCCCAGGAGGUUGGUCUUGGAAACCCCAUCGCGGGCAGCUUCAUGCUGGUUGCUCCCGAUCCCUCGUCCUGAACUGUCACGCAUACCACCAAACAAACAGCGCGCUCGCAGAAUGUUUGCCAUGUCGGUUGCGACACAACUAAAUCCGUGGAUCGUACUGUUGUUCUGUUAGUAGUGAAUCAGCCUACUUCUUGAACUCUUUCUUGAUCUGGCAUGAAUAAAAACGGCGCCUCAGUUUAAG